AUGGUUGCUGGUAACCAAGUACAAGUUAUCAAUGCAUCCUCUGAAAGAAUUAAUCCACCAAUUUCGACUUGUAUUAAUUCUCCAAAGAAAUCCAUCAAGUCAAUUACCUCAAGUUCCAAAGUUAAAAGCUCAAAGAAGAGUGAAACUGCCAAAUCAAACACUGCUCGUUUUAAAUUACCAUGUUUUCAAAAGAUUGUUGAAUUAAACUUCAUGAGAUUGGUUUCACUGUUGGGAAUAAGCACAGCAAUCAUUGGCGUUGUAAUUAUUGCAAUUAUUACAAUUUAUACUUUUGCCAAAACAAGUUUUCCCGUAUUUAGAACUUUGAAAAUAUUUGGUGAUAGUGCUUUCCAGUAUAACAAGAUGAGUAGUGCAGUGAAUUUGGUGGUUCUCUCCAAAGAUCUGUCAAAAUAUUCAUUGUUCAAUCGAUCAAGAAAUGAAAUGAUUGAUUCGUUUAAUGAGCUCUUUAAAUUAUUACCUGAAAGUGCUGAGAAAGUUUUCCCAAACUCAAGUAAGGAUGCAAGUACUCUCUAUUUAUUCCCACUUCAAGAUGCCAUUCUAAAACAAACCUUGGCAGGUAAUUAUUCUGAAGGUGUCAAAUUAUUUAUGAAACCUGAACAUUUUUCUGGUCAAUCCUCCUUCCUAAAUGAUUACUUUUUAUUUGUUGAACAGAUUAGAAAUAUCAGUAAUACUCAACAUGAAUUGAUUGCAUCCAAUUCAACUACUUAUUUAAUUGUAGUUUUAAUUUGUUUGGUAAUUUCAUUGCCAAUUGGUGUUGCAAUUUUUGUCAGUGUUUUGAGAAUGGAAAGAGUUUCAAGGAAGAAACUCAUGAAGGCAAAAAGGUUACAGUUGCAAAAUGUGAUGAGUUCGGUUGUACAGAGAUCCUUGUUGAAACAGUGGAUUAGUUUACAAAAUUAUGGAGAUUCGAGUAAUGAUUUGAAUCGUAUUUUCCUGUUGGAAGACAUUCAAGAUUUCAAGAGUCCUGAAAAGCAAGAAAUUCAAACGAUGAGAAAUUUCUUGGAAGAAUUGAAAGAUUAUUCAGAAGAUUCGUCCAUCGUUGAACAAGAUACUGUUUCUGAAUCAAGUGAUGCCUACUCAAUCAAUACAACAACAAGUAUUGCUUCAAAUAGGAAGAUUGAUUCCUUAAUGAUUCAUUUAUAUGAGAAGUAUCUGAAUCCAAGAGGUUCUCCUAAUUAUGUCAAGACUAAAGGUUAUGCGAAAGUUGAAAAUUUCAUCAAAGAACAAGCUCAGAAUGAAGCUCAAGUAGUUCCUCUCACUUUAUUUGAUGAAAUCCAAAAGGAAGUUAGCGAGAAUUUAAUACCUGCCUUUGAAAGAUAUCAACUCACCAUUUCCAAAGAAUCGAAUAGAAACUCCCCAAGGAGCGGUAACUCCAUGGCUGAGAAUAAGGUUUUGAAAGAUUUUAGAAAUGAAUUCAAAGAUUUCUUGAAGAAUUAUGAGAAGGCAGUUUUGAAGAGCAUCAAUUCUAAACAAUAA